AACAUGGUAUGCGCCCAGUCCGAAGUUACGCUCUGCACCAUCAGGGACGACCGGCCCAACGCAGAACAGAGGCGCUUCUCCGUAACCGUCCGUCCACACUACACCGUUGCCGCGCUGUACAGUGAUGUGAAGCUGCAGACAACACUGUGCGAGUUUGAGCUACACCUCCAGCUCGACCCGUCGGAUGAUUCACAAUUAAUUCCCCUGCAUGAUAAGCAGCACAUGACGUUGGCCGAUGUUGGCAUACGGUUUGGAGUGAUCAACAUACUUUACAUCCAUCCUCUGCCACCCAGCACGACGCAAAUUACCGAAAAUCCAUAUUUGACGCCACUAGAAGACAUGUCUUCCGACGAUGAUUUGGCCCUCGGCGCUUCGGCAAGCCCGGUCGAAUCGGCGAACUAUGGUAUCCCCGAUCCGCCGGCCUUUCCGCCGCCACUGUUUGAUCAACCGUUUCUGAGCCCACACCACCAGCCGGGCGGUAAUGAGGUGUCAUCGAACUCGUUGUUGCUAGAUUUUUGCAAGUUUCCCGAUUCUGAUGCCCACAAGCCAAACUCGGCGGCGGUACCGGUAGCGGCCAUUACAGCGGGCCCUCACAACACGUACCACACUGGCACCAGUGGCGGCAGCAUCAUCGGCGGUACCGGCACCAACGGAUACCACCACCAUCACGGUCAGCAGAAUGGUGGCGAGAAUCACUACCGCGGUUUGGUGAACCAGGCAAUGACCUGCUACCUGAACAGCUUGCUGCAAGCUCUCUACAUGACACCUGAGUUCCGGAACGCGCUCUACAACUGGGAGUUUGAUGGGGAGGACGAAGCUAAGUCGAUCCCGUACCAGCUGCAGAAGCUGUUCGUGAACCUGCAAACGUCGCCCAAAUCGUCGGUCGAAACGACGGAUCUCACGCGCAGCUUUGGUUGGGAUUCGGCCGAAGGCUGGCAGCAGCACGACAUCCAGGAGCUGUGCCGCGUCAUGUUCGAUGCGCUCGAGCACAAGUUCAAGCACACGAAGCAGGCGGACCUGAUCAAUCGGCUGUACGAGGGCCGGAUGAUCGACUACGUCAAGUGUCUCGAGUGCAACACGGAGAAUCAGCGCGAGGACAAGUUCCUCGACAUACCGCUGCCGGUGCGACCCUUCGGUAGCACGGUCGCGAACGAGUCGGUCGAGGAUGCGCUGCAGGGCUUCGUGAAGCCGGAGAUACUGAGCGAAAGUAAUCAAUACUUUUGCGAUACGUGCAACAAAAAGUGUGACGCACACAAGGGACUCAAGUUCACCAAGUUCCCGUACAUCUUGACCCUGCAUCUGAAGCGCUUCGAUUUUGACUAUCAAUCGUUUCAUCGGAUCAAGCUGAAUGACAAAGUAACUUUUCCGGAGUUGUUGAAUUUGAAUCACUUUGUCAACUCCGAGGCGCCCGACUAUAAGCUCACCACCAGCACGAUCGCAGCGGCAGCUGCAGCGGCCGCCACCGUGACGAACGGCAACGGAUCGGUGAUGAUGGAAACGGCGGAAAACUUUAUGAAAUCGGACGAAUGCAGCACCACGGACAGUGGGUCCGCGCUGGAAGAGGAUUCCUUCCCGACGAACGGUGGAACGUCGGUGUCGUCGACGACGACCACGCCGAACGAUCAAUACAUGAUGCAUGACGAUGACGAAGGCAUCGACAUGGAUAUUGCGGCAAACGGGGACAGCAAAGCGUCACUACUAAACGGCAGCUUCCAUGCGCCCGGUCCGUACAAGUACGAGCUGUUCGCGAUCAUGAUCCACUCGGGCAGUGCCUCCGGGGGGCACUACUACGUCUUCGUGAAGGACUUCAAAACUGGCCGCUGGUUUUCAUUCAACGAUCAAACGGUUCAACCGAUCACGCAGGAAGAAAUUCACAAGUCGUUCGGUGGUGGAUCGUACAAAACUAGCUACACCGGGGCGUACACGUCCAGCACCAACGCCUACAUGCUGAUGUACCGUCAGAUCGAUGACAGCAAAAAUACGCUACCGAUUGCGGAAGAACAGUUCCCGGAUCACAUCAAGAAAUUGGUACUGAAAAUUCGCGACAACGAAGGCAACCACAGCCGGGACAACGUGGAACUGACACGUGUGAUGGUGGCGUACGAUCAUCCUCGGAAGCGCGUCAUCAAAUCCCACCGCCUGAUGGUGCUGAACAACUCGACGAUGGCCGAAACGUUGCACGAAGCGCUCAACGUGCACCAUCUCAAGGGACACGUACCGAUCGAACGAUGUCGGCUGGUGGGUUACGAUCACAAGGCGCAGACCAUUGAGCGUAGCUUCGAGGGUCACGAAGAUAAAACGAUUGAUGAAAUGAUGAGAAUGUUGAAACGUUGUGACGGCUUGCUGCUCGAGGUUCGCGACGAAGAUGACAAAUUUGAGGAAUAUCUACCGCAAGGCGUGAUGACAAAGGUGUACAAAGUCGAUGUAACCAGCCGGGAUGUGCAGGGACCCAUCUCGAUUCGAGUGAAUUCCUCGCAAACGGUGGCCCAAUACAAAGCUGUGAUCGCUCGAAAGCUGAAGCUCAACGUGAAAACCCUUACCGUUGGCCUGGCAGUGCACAAGGACAAUGCGAAGCUCCUGCAGAACGACACGGCGACGCUGGCGGAGGAAAACUUUAUCGAAUACUGUAAGGUGUUUGUGUCCCCGAUGCCACCUGCUGCGGCCGGCGAUGAUGGGGAAUGGUGCAAUCGCUUCCGCCAGUUCAUCCAACGCUUGGAUCAUCUGGUCUCGCUGUACCUUGUUUUGCCGAACAUGGCACCAGAAACGCUUGAACGCUUGUCGAUUCCCCGCCUUCCCAAAGAGACGCUGGCGAGUUUGGCGCAUGCCGAUCACCAGCCGGCAGUGCCGGUCAGUGCAGCCAGUGCGGCCACCGGUGACAGUAACAGCGAAGAUAGCAGCCUGAGUGAUAACGACCGUACGCUGGUGGAGGACGAUGUCGUCACCGGUAGCGGUGAGCACGGUAAGCUCAACGGCGAUGUGCAUUUGACCAACGGGGGCACCAACGGUUACCGCGGCGCGGAUAGCGACGACGAAGAGGACGAGGAGCUGAAGGUGCAGGAGAACUUGCAGGAGUGUAAGGCGAGAGAGUACUACUUCAAGGUGACCACACUCGACACCGGCGAUAAGAGCGUGGGCAACGAUGCUACGAACGGUGCCAACGAUAGCGCCCGCAGCGCCAACAGCAGCAGCGAUGCGGAUAAGUCGAUCCAGAUCCUCAUCGACAAACGCGCCAGUCACGGAUACUUGAAGUACCGCCUGCAGUCGUAUGUGCAGAUACCGAUGGAUUAUUUCAAAGUGUGCUCAACAACCAGUCACACCGCCAGCGACGGCACAAACCUGCUGAAGGAAUUGGAGUACAAGGAUGAUGAAAACCUCGCCCUCGAACUGGGCCGCGUUCUGCGCAAGGGCGAGUACAAGCUGAACGUGCACUACAUCAAGGUGGACGAAAUGACGGAAGAGAUGGACAAGGCACCGUUCCUGUGCAGCUGGGUCGUUCGAAAGGGGCAACUGUUCGGGCAGAUCAAAACCGACAUUCUGGCCCAGGUGGCGUCGCACGGCGAUACGAACAGGUACGGCCACCUGCACCCCAACAACUGCCGAUUGCGCCGCAAAGGCAUCAAGUAUUUGUCGGCCGUUUACAAGGACGACGAGCGGGCCGGCAGGGAAGUGACACUGCAGUCCAGUACGGAGGUUUUCCUUCAAGAGGUUGACGAUCUGGAAAGUGUCACUCCAAACGAUUUCAACGACGUCGUGCUGCUGGUCAGAAGAUGGUACCCCUCGGAGAUGAAGUUGGGAAAAUUCCAAGAAAUUCUGUUCACAGAAAAACUAGAACUGAGACAGCACCUGUCCAGCAUUAGCGGGAUCGCCGUGGAGAACAUCGAAUUUGUGAAGGUCACGCAAACCUCACUGCACCGCGACAAUGUGCUGCACAUUCACAGCGGCAUGCCCUGGGUGGCCACGGUGACUCUCGCCAGUGAGACCACCUACUCGCCCGGCACGUUAUUCUUCUAUCGCGACCGCACGGAACCACUGAAAGAGCUGACGCCCGAGGAGCGCAAAGAGCUAACCAAAAAGGACGUCCGCAGCAGCUCCACCAGCUCGCCCCGGCGGGAGCGGGCACUCAAAAUCUAUCUCGACCCGUCACCUAAAAAGUCUGACGACUGAUUGCAGCUGCACGGUGCUGUCAGUAAACGCAAGAAGCUUUGCCUCUAAAUGUUUGCGGUCGUUUGCGGCCGAAAGAAUUCAGUUUUUCCAAAAGAUCAUCCAUCGGCAGACAAGAAAAUUCGGAGGUGUUUUGUACGGAGCGCAGCCCCGGGGGGCGAAGAGGGUUAUCGCCCGGUCCGGCCAUGCUCAAAUCAUCCCCCCUUGGUUGGUGGUUCCUUGCUUGGUCGAAGCGUUGUUUUAUGUUUGUUUUUCCCCCAUCAAUUCUUUCCCACGGUUUCCCACGUCGGCGGUUGCUGUUAUGGUGUUAUGCACCGAGACCGCCCCAGGGGACAGUGCGUUCGUCCUGCAGGCGGGUGAAAUGGUGGGCCGAUGGGAAAAGAAUCAUCAACAGAAAGGAACAGGGAAGCGCAGCACUGAAAGUAGAACAGUUAUCCUAUCAUUAUUACUUACUCUCUGUAGCGUUACUGUGUCACUGCAACGGAGUUUGCGGAAAACGAACCCCCUAAACCCAUCCGCGCGGACACUCCCGAAUGGCGCAGUGCUGUAUUUUUUGUUUUGCUAUAAAUUAAGGUGAAAAUGCCAACCAUCAAACAACAUCAUCAGUCCCGCCGCCGGCGUUUGUUGAGUUUUACUUCUUUCUGUGCGAUCUUCCGUGUUCAAAAACAACAAGUUAGAGCUUUUGGUUGGUUAAAGAAGUCCGAGACAGUUCUCAGUUUUGUCCUAAACCGAAUGGUGGAACCAUGCCCCGAUGUCGUCGUUUUUUUACUGUUGAUUUAUGUAAAGGAAGAGCUAGGACCUGUUUUCUGAUGGCUGUCCGGAAGCCCGCCGAUUUGAGUUUCGAGGGCCAUUAUCAAUCUCGAUCGUUUAGGUUACGAUGCGUAUUUGUUGUGGUUCGCAAGUAUAUCCACCCGAGGCACUCCGAGGCAUUUAUCUGUCGAAGCGAUCUCAACAAACUAGAACAACAAAACAAAAAAAGGCUUCGAUUGAUGUCGCAAAAGGGACAC